AUGUGGAUAAAAAAUCGAUAUUAUUAUUAUGUUUUGAUAUUUUUCAAUCUAAUCCAUCUAAAUACAUGUGCACGACCAACAUUUGACACAUUAUUUCAAGUACCAGACGAUAAAAUUAUAGAUCCACUUACUGGUUUACCAUUAUCUACAACAGCACAGCAACGUAAAUUGGAUAUAACAAAGGAAAAGAUUUUGAAACAAGCCAAAGCUACACCGACUUCGUCAUCAAAAUAUAUGAAUAUUGAUCAAGUUAAAUCUGUUCAAUUGAAUGCAACAGCUAAGUUAAAUCAAACAUCAUGUAUUGCACUCAAUCUUAUUAAAACAUUACAAUCUGUAAAAUGCAUUAAUAAUACAAUUGAAAUGAUGUUUGACAGUAUGGCUAAUAGUGCUUAUGUAUAUCAACAAUGGAUUCAACAAAAAGUUACAUUUAUUAAUGGUGGUAAAGAAUGGGAUUGUAAAAAUUCAACAACAGGUGAACCGAUGAUAAUUAUGAUGAAACUUAUACCAAGUACAUUUAAAUUAAAAAAAAAUCUUAUAACUGUUAAUACAACAAAUGAUACAGGUAUUACACCAAUUGUCUGUUUUGAAAGUUUAACAAUGCAUUUAACAUCGGAACAAGAAUUACCCAGUCAACAAAACUCAGCUGAAACAAGUACGGAUAGAACAACUACGAUAGCUACGCCUACAAUGAAAGAAUCUAUUGGGAAAGCAUCAAGCAGCUUUCAGCCAACGUCACCAGCUAAAGACGAUACUUUCACUGCAGGUGAUAUGGUCAGAAUUUCAUGGCGACAAAACGGUUAUGACAGUUCUUAUAAUAAAAAUUUUAAAGUUAAAUUGAAACGUGAACGACCAUUAUGGCCAGAUGCAGAAAUUCAGACUGCAACAUCAUGUACGGAUAUAACAUCGGGUGUUUGUUUUGAUCGAAUACCAUCGAAUGAUGCUUUAAGUGCAAAUUUUUAUUAUGAAUUUAGUUGGUGUGGUUGGUGGCCAUUGUCAUGUACAGUAGAUGGUCCAUAUUUUCAAAUUCCUGCACAUAGAGUCGGCGGAUGGAAUUAUAAUAGUUAUAAUGAUCGAGCAGCAAGUCAAAAACAAAUUUUUUAUAUGGAUUGUUCAUCAACUCAAUCGAAUAUUAUUUCACGUUUAUGUAGUGAAAGUCGUCAAAUGUCAAUUGAUAUAACAUGUGCAAAUUGUUAUUUGAAAUAUGAUUAUAGUAUUUUUCGUUUGGAUCUAUUUGCAAGUGGAGGUCAACUUGGUAAAAUGAAUGUUACAUUAAAAUCAAUAACAACAAUAAAUUUAGAAUUAUUAUUAAUAUUUAAUUUUAUUUAUACUAAAUCAGGCGCAAUUUCAUUAGGAAAAUUUCCAAUCUAUGGUUAUGGAUUCACUGUAUUUGGCUAUUCAUUUGAUUUAGGAUUUACUCUUGAAAUUGAUUUACCAUAUAAAAUUCAAUUAGAUGCACUUGGUCAAGUAUCUGCUGGCUUGAAAUAUACAUUAGAUACAAGUAUUCGAUUGGUUUCCUAUGGUUCUAGACAAGAUCCUAGUGUUUCUUGGUCAUUACAGAAAUAUUAUUAUCCAAUAGAAGCAGCACUUAAAGCAAAACUUACAAUGGAUGUUGGUCUAAGACCAACAUUAAGAGUUGCAGCUGCAAUAUUUUCAAUUGGUGUAACAACAGAAGGUUUUCUAAGUUUUCAAAAUGAAUUUCAAUAUCCACCAUUUUCUGCUCUAAGCAACUAUAAUUACGAUUACGAUAUAACAAAUCCAUCUCUAUAUCAUUUUAGUUAUCCAUCAGAUACAUGUAUUUCACAACAUUUUAUACGAUAUCAUAUUCAAUUUGGUAUUCGAAAUACAUUAUUAAUAUUUGAUAUUACAUUAGGUCCCAUCAACAGUAUAAUUCAAUUUUUUGCAGAUACACAUUAUGAACAACCAUUGAUGUCCAAUUAUGUAUGGGAAUUAUUAAGCGGUUGUUUAUUUAAAUCAUCUAGAACGGAUAGUCCACAACCAAUUAAUCUUUAUUUAGAUAUACCACUUGAUACAUCUUCAUCUUUUUUAGACUAUUUUAAACCAUCGUUGACAUUCGAUUUAGCAAAUGUUCUAAAGACUGAUCCAACAAGAAUAUUAUUAAAUGGAGUUCAAUCUUAUUUUGAUCAAAAAUCAAGAAAAUCUGUUACAAAAGUUAUUGCAGCAUUAUUACCAUCAGUCAAAUCUCUUGUUUCAGAUCCAACUGUACAAUCAUUAACUCAAACAUUAAUAUCACAAGAGAUGAAUCCAUCAUCAACUUUAUACACUAAUACGAAAUGGUUAAAAUUAUUAAUGAAAGAUUUAACACUAGAAUCAAAUAAUACUGUUGUAUCAACAACAACAACAACACAAUCGACUACACAAAGUAAGUUGAAAGAUAAUCAUGAAACAUCAUUUUUAAUGAAUGUUGAAGUAUAG